AUGCUCCCACUCCUUCUGAUCCCGUCGUCCAAGACCGAGAUGAUCUCCUGGUUUGCAGUUUCUGGCAUCGAGGUACUGAUUGUAUCUUUGAUGUCUCCCUCGUGGAUGUUGAGUCUCAUGGUCGCGACGACCAUUGUGUCACUGCUGGGAAGGCCCUUUCUCAGCGGGAGAGGCAGAAGAAGACAAAGUACCAGGCUCAAUGCACUGCACAACACUGACACUUCACCCCUUUGUUGUUCUGCUGAUGGCCUCUUUGCUGCCGAAGCUACUGCUGGUCUCCAACGGCUCUCCCACCUUUUGGCUCACAAGUGGUCCAAGCCCUACUCUGUGGUUCACUCUUUCAUAUCUGCAAGGUUGAGCCUAGUGCUCGUUUAUGCAGCUACCAUGUGUUUGAUAGGCUCUCGUGUUUCAGCUCGCAAGGUUUCCAAGCGUUGGGAUGACCGUGGUGCCCUUGAUCUCUUCCGAUAG